GAAAAGCUCAGCAGGUCUGGCAGCAUAUGUGGAGAGAAAUCAGUUAAUGUUCCAGGUCGAGUGACCCUUCUUUCGAUUUUUAACUAAAUUGGCAUCCCGAUAUUUCAUGCAGAAAACCUCAAUAAAAAGCCAAGUUAUGUGAUUUGCCAAAACUAAAACGAAAUUUGCGACAGUGGAGAUGGGCGCUCUCGGAAUUAGGCGAAUUGUUAUCCACUUGAUCUGCGGUAGGCGCUGUUUCAUUCUUUACAUCAAGGACAUCCGAUAGAGACAUGGAAAAGAAGUGAUUAUGGAAAGAAAUGAGCAUGGGACACUACCCAGACUCUUCGAAAUCGACGUGAUAUUUGCAUGGCCUUCAAAAGCAAAACCGCAGGCACCAAGAUUGUUCUCUUAAAUUUGUUGCAAUGUUUGUUGGUAUUCUACACUCUGUACUACAUGAUCGGAAGCGUUUGCUUUGGUGCAUUCAGACUUAAUUCAUUUGAUGGGUUGAUUCCUUUUGACUUUAAAACUCAAGCAGCAAAGUCUAACUCUAAAUAUCUAGUGAAUCUGCUGUCUAUGGAACUUACAUAUUUCACCAGUGGAAUCCUGUUUGCAAUAAUAGUUAAGAAGUGGGUGUGGGACUAUUCGAUCACAGUUACACUCAUCCAUGUCAUACUGAGCUCUGCAGUGAUGACUGAGUUUCCUUUAGUGUGGCAGUGGUGGUUGGCUUUGGGGGGCGGCUUGUUGAUGAUGAUCUGUAACGGACAGCUAGUGGCACACUUUGCUUGCCAAAAUAAUCCUGCUUACUCUUCAAAUAACCUCUGAGAGAAAAUGAUCAAACAAGGCCACGAAAAUCAAAAGUUCAGGAUAAUUCCCCCAUCUAACAUACCUGCAUUGAUUUUAGUGAGCAGAGAAACUGCAUCCUUCCACAGAAAUAAUUCGUGUUAAAUGUUUGAAAAUCACAGCUUGUAUUCUAUAUUGACCAGAAAAGACCUGUUUUUCACACAAAAGUCAAGUGGAUUAUGGGCAGCUUAAAAGAAAGACUAAUGUGAUUUUAAAACCAUAACUUUCUCUAUUCCCCUUUGAAUUUUGAUAUUUGUUGCUUUGCAAAGGUAAUUCCAUAGAAGACACCAAACAUAGAGAUAAUUUUCAUUUUAUCCAAUUAUGUGUGCAUUAGAUCUGCUUGGAGAAUGUGGUGUCUAACCUGCCCUGCACAGUAAAGUAUCAGAACCACUGCAGCAGUAAUAUGUCAGGAAGUAAUUGGGAACUCUUAAAAACAUGUCUGAUCAGACCUUUAUAUGAGUAAUCCAAUCGUACAAUAUUAAAAUGAAAACCAAAAGAGAAUAUAGUAUACCAACUUAAAUAAAUAUUUGAGAAUUGAAGGAUUUCUUUAAAGAUAACUCAGAAUCAAAUUUUCUAUAUGCCAAAAUAAAAAGUACAUGCAUUGUAAAUAAUAAAUAGGCUUAAAGUAGAAUCUUGAACUCCCAAAAAUAUUAAUUCACAGUAUUCGUAUAAAACAUGAAAAUUACAAUCUGAUAUUUUCCCACUAGGUAAAGAAAUCAUCUACUCUCAAAAGAUUAAAAUGUUUAAUAUUUACCUUUUGGAGGGGAAUGACCAUGCAUUUUAGGAUUUUAACCAUUUUUAUUGCAUUCAAUAUUAUAUCAUUCAAUUAUCAGUGGCUUCCUUUACUUUUAAAAUGUUAAUAGGUAAUAUAUGGAGUUUCAACAAAUUCAGUUUUAAUACAUAAAAAUCCCCUUCAAGUUGAAAGGUUAUUACCAUCAAAGUUUGUGAGAAGAUUUAUAGCUUGGGUGCUUGUUGUUGUGGUUCUGUUCACCGAGCUGGGAAUUUGUGUUGCAGACGUUUUGUCCCCUGUCUAGGCAGAUUCAAACCACUACAAAUGGCGGAGGAAAGAUCACAGAAGCGCUUCACAGGAGGCUCCCAAGCACUGAGGAUGUCACCUAGACAGGGGACAAAAUGUCUGCAACACAAAUUCCCAGCUCGGUGAACAGAAUCAAACAGGUUAUUACCAUAUUCUGGAUUUAAUGUGAUUGAUUCCUAUACUGCCACAGAUUGACAACUCUAUCUUGUCUGUUGAGUUUUUUUUAUUAUCUCCUCGACAUUGUAAAAUAAAUUAUUUUUGGUGAAACUUUGUAAAAAAUGAAAUGUUCAAGGCAGGUGGAACUCAAAUCCUCACCUUCUGGCCCAGGAUUAGAGACGCCAUCACUGUCACAGACACAGGAAAUUGUUCAGUUGUAAGUUCUAGUUUAGUUUUGUAGAGUUAGCAAACUGCCAGUUUAUCAUUAUGUUUUGGUAGUUCUUGCUUUGGCAUUCUUCCACAGUAUAUUGUAGAAUUCACCAAGUUUUAGCUGUCUUUAGUAAUAUUGCAUGUCGACUGAUUAUCUUAGCCUUUAUCUGUCCAAAAGAUUUUUUUUAUUGUUGGUUUAUCACUUAAAUAUCAAUUGUGGGGGUGGGGGAUGUGCUUAGUAGUUGAUAUUUAAACAAUAUUCUCUUUUACUGCUGUCAUCAAAUUUAUAGAAUGUCUUGUGCAGACAUACAGGACUCCAGACUGGAAAAAACUGGAUGCUCAUUCACUGUUGUAUUUGAGAGUCAUCUGGAUGUUUUAAUGUUAAAUAAGGGGCAUCUUCCAUUGCACUUUCAUUUUCUUUUAAAUGUGUUUGCAGGACUGAAAUAUAAAUAACUGAAGUAGAUGAAAUGGAAUAUGUAAAAAUGUAUAUCAG